AUGAGUGUCGUGGGUGUCGAUUUCGGUACUCUCAAGACGGUCAUCGCUGUCGCGAGGAACCGCGGUGUCGAUGUGGUCGUCAAUGAGGUAUCCAACCGUGCCACGCCUUCCAUGGUUGGCUUCGGGCCCAAGUGCCGCUACCUCGGUGAGUCGGCCAAGACUCAGGAGAUCACCAACCUUAAGAACACGGUCGCCUCCAUCAAGCGCCUUCUCGGCCGCCUCUCGACCGACCCCGAUGUUCAGGUCGAGCAGCAGUACAUCACCGCUCCCCUCGUCGACGUUAACGGCGAGGUCGGUGCAGAGGUCACCUACCUUGGCAACAAGGAGAAGUUCAGCGCCACCCAGCUCGUUGCCAUGUAUUUGAGCAAGAUCAGGGCCACAGCCGCGGCUGAGCUCAAGCUGCCCGUCAACGACCUGUGCAUCAGCGUCCCUCCCUGGUUCACCGAUAUCCAGCGCAGGGCCCUUCUCGAUGCCGCUGAGAUUGCCGGCCUCAAAGUCCUCCGCCUCAUCAACGACAACACGGCCGCCGCUCUCGGCUGGGGAAUUACCAAGCUUGACCUCCCCGGCCCCGAGGAGAAGCCCCGCCGCGUCUGCAUCAUCGACAUAGGCCACAGCAGCUACACUGCCUCGGUCAUCGACUUCAAGAAGGGCGAGCUCGUCGUCAAGUCCAGCGCCUGGGACCGCAACUUCGGUGGUCGCAACUUCGACAAGGCCCUCGUCGACCACCUCGCCAAAGAGUUCCAGGGCAAGUACAACGUUGACAUCAACAGCAACCCCCGUGCCAUGGCCCGUACCAUCGCCGCCGCUGAGAAGACAAAGAAGAUCCUCUCGGCAAACCAGCAGGCCCCCGUCAACAUCGAGUCUCUCAUGAACGAUAUCGAUGCCAGCGCCAUGGUCUCCAGGCAAGAGUUUGAGGCCCUGGUCGAGCCCCUUCUCGUCCAGGCCACCAAGCCCCUCGAGGAGGCCCUCGCCCUUGCCAAGUGCACCAAGGAGGACAUUGAUAUCGUCGAGGUUGUCGGCGGUGGCUGCCGUGUCCCCGCCCUCAAGGAGCGCAUCCAGGCCUUCUUCGGCAACAGCCUCUCCUUCACCAUGAACUCGGACGAGGCCGUCGCCCGUGGCUGCGCCUUCAGCUGCGCCAUCCUCUCUCCCGUCUUCCGCGUCCGCGACUUCUCCGUCCAGGACAUUGUCAGCUACCCCAUCGAGUUUGGCUGGGAGAAGGCCCCCGAUAUCCCCGACGAGGACACCAGUCUUACCGUCUUCAACAAGGGCAACGUUCUCCCCUCAACCAAGAUCCUCACCUUCUACCGCAAGCAACCCUUUGACCUUGAGGCCCGCUACCUCAAGCCCGAGGAGCUUCCCGGCAAGACCAACCCCUGGAUCGGUCGCUUCUCCGUCAAGGGUGUCAAGGUCGAGGGUGACGGUGACUUCAUGAUCUGCAAGCUCAAGGCCCGUGUCAACAUCCACGGUGUCCUCAACGUCGAGAGCGGCUACUAUGUCGAAGAGCAGGAGGUUGACGAGGACAUCAAGGAGGAUGGCGAGAAGGAUGCGGACGCCAUGGAGACCGACACCAAGGAUGACGGCUCUAAGAAGACGCGCAAGGUCAAGAAGCAGGUCAGGAAAGGUGACCUGCCCAUCUCCAGCGGCACUGCUUCUCUCCAGGACAAUGUCAAGACUUCUCUCAGCGAGAAGGAGGCCAGCAUGAUCAUGGAGGACAAGCUCGUCGCCGACACCGAGGAGAAGAAGAACGAGCUUGAGGCCUACAUCUACGAGCUCCGCGCCAAGCUCGAUGAGCAGUAUGCCGAGUUUGUCAGCGAGGACGAGAAGUCGGCGAUCAAGGCUAAGCUCGAGGCUUCUGAGGACUGGCUGUACGAAGAGGGCGAGGACACCACCAAGGGUGUCUACACGGCCAAGAUGGAUGAGAUCCGCGCCAUGGCCGGUCCCAUUGUCCAGCGCCACUUUGAGAAAGUCGAGGCCGAACGUGAGGCCAUCGAGGCCGAGAAAGCCUCCAAGAAGGCGUCUGAGGAGGAGGCCCGCAAGGCUGCCGAGGCCGAGAAGGCCGCAGUCAACGGUGGUGACUCCGAGAUGAAGGACGUCGAGUCCACUCCUCAAGCAGAGACUGAGGAGGCUGGCGACCCGGAAUAG